UUUCAACUUUACAGCACGGUGUAUAGCACUCUCUCGCUCGCACACAACUGUCAAUCAGCUGUUCUACCAACAUGGCCACGUUAAGCCGUACUUCCAGCAAAUUAAUCAAAAAAGUGCAGUUUUCGCCAGUUUUUAGUCGAAAUUAUAGUAAUACCAAGAUAAAUAAUACGUAUAGAAAUGUGUUUAAUACGUGUUCGUGUUUGUUCGGUGGCAGUGUGUUGUUUUACGCCGCGAAAACGUAUUCAAGAAGUAACACCGUCUACGCUCUCAAAGCUAAGCCCGACGAGCUGGCGAAAUCGGUGAAACUAACAUCUCGAGAGCGUCGCUUCAUCAAGUUCGCGUCAGUCGAGCACAAUGGCCAGCUUUACAUGACGCCUCAGGACUUCCUCGAGUCCGUGGUAGAACAGGAACCCAGACCACGACUAAAGCGGCGGGUGCUUACGACAAAGGAGAUAGAACAGCUGAGGGACAGCACGCCCGCCCUGAAGAAGGGUUCCCCACAAAUGUUCCGCAGCUUACGGGACCGAGGGAUUAUUUCAUACACAGAGUACCUGUUUCUUCUAUCUAUAUUAACAAAGCCAGCGUCGGGGUUCCAGAUAGCCUUUAACAUGUUUGACACCGACGGCAACCAAAGAGUAGAUAAGAAUGAGUUUCUAGUCAUCCAGAGGUUGCUGGGGGGGUCGUUCAGGGAGCGAAAGAACCUGGACGCCAAAAGCAAGGAGGCUAUGGAGAAAAUCUUCAGCUUCGCAUGGCGCGGCAAGCGCGGGUUGGAGAGCGAAGAUGCCGGCGACGCCGACAAGCCGCAGGACUCGUACGUCAACGACGAGCAGGGGCUGCAGCGGCGACACAACGUCGACACGCUGCUGCAGGUCCAUUUCUUCGGCAAAAAGGGCACGAGCGACCUGAAGUUCGACGGCUUCAAGCAGUUCAUGGAGAACUUGCAGACGGAAGUGCUGGAGCUCGAGUUCCAAGAGUUCGCCAAAGGUCACGAGACAAUAUCCGAAGUGGACUUCGCUAAGAUCCUCCUUCGCUACACUUACCUCGAUACAGACGAGUACGACAUGUACCUAGACCGUCUCUUGGACCGCAUGAAGCUCGAACGAGGCAUCACCUUCCCAGAGUUUAAGACCUUCUGCCAGUUCCUGAACAAUUUAGAUGAUUUCACUAUUGCUAUGAGAAUGUAUACGCUGGCUGAUCAUCCUAUCUCGAAAGACGAGUUCCACCGCGCGGUGAAGAUCUGCACGGGCAUCUCGCAGUCGGAGCACCUCGUGACCACUGUGUUCGCGAUAUUCGAUGCCGACGGCGAUGGCCUGCUCAGUUAUAAGGAGUUCAUAGCCAUUAUGAAGGACCGCCUGCACCGAGGAUUCAAGUCUUAUGCCAAGAACGAGGGCUGGGAGGCCUUCAAAACCUGCGUCAAGCAAGAGAUGAAGAGCUCCGUUUAACCGCAUAAUAGCCAAUUUAGCUCAAUUCAUGCCAUAUGCCUUUAAAUCUCGUAGAAUAUUCGGUCUAGAUCUCAAGUAAUAACAACGUAAUUAUCAUAAAUUUCGAGUACGAGGUAAAUAAUAUAUGGCAUACACAACUUAAUAACUGUAGAACGGCUUUCCUUCUAAACUUAAAAAAAAAAAAAUUAGAAUAUAUCUGAAUAUUAUAUAGAUAUAAACAAAGAAGUAAAAUGUUGAAGCAAAAAAAAACCGAAGAAACCGGUUAUUUGGUCCGUGUAUAACAUAUUUUUUAUUCUUAGUGCUCAUUUAGACGUUGCGAGUUUCAUACAUUGCGGUAUUUGAUCGGUCGGCUGAAUGAGCGCUAACGCGUAUGAAUUCGCCGCUAGGGGCGCUAGUGUAGAUGGUGGUCUUUUCCAUAGUUCGAAAUGUCAAAUGUCACUUGUCACUUCAAUGACUGACAGCUGUUCUUUAGUCUUUUGGACCACCAUCAACAGAGGCGCCAACUGGUGAGCAAAAAAACGAUAGCCCUCAUUGGAUGUAACCUCAAUAGUCCGCAAAAUAACUAAACCCGCAUGCGAGUUCGUGCGCCGUCUAAAUGAGCCCUUAGGGGUUAGGGGUCUAACCCCUUUAUAACCCUUGAAGUGGCAGGAAUCGCCUGGCGGACAAUUAACGUCAUUUAAAUUUGCAAUUUUAUUAAUUAAAAUAAAAUCGAAAUUCUUUCAACUGAAAAAUGACGUAUAUACUUGAGUUUAGGGAGUUUUUGACACUUCAAAAUAUUACUAGUAAAUUGUUAUGAAAGGACGUAAAUCGGAGAAUACCUAAAGGCAUUUUAGAUUUCUGUGUAUUACUAUGUUGUAAAUAAAUUAAAAAUUGGAUUAUUUUUUCUCAAGGGGUCGUGUAUUUAUAAAUUUUGUAAUCGGUUAACAAAUAAGUGUUUGUCAUUAACAGUGAGAUUUGUUUAAGUGAUAAUUUAUUCGUGGUUUUAAAUAAUUUAUACUUGUUUAUAAUUGUGACUUAAAAAUGGAGACUCCGGUUUGCAAUGACGUUUUAAUCAAAUCUCAAUAUUAUGUACUCAACAAUAGUACAUGUGUAUGAUACAAGUGUGCUAAGUUGGUCAUUACACACGAGGCGAUAUUGUGCGCGCGAGCUGUAAGCGAGCGCAAUAAGAAAGCCUAUGUGUGUAAUGACCAAUGCACACGCGUUUCAUACGACGUUUUUCAACACACUUGCGAGAAAAAAAAUGAAACUUUCAUAUUAAUCAAAUUUUAAUAGUUAAAACAGUUAGUAUUGUGUGUUGCAUCAGUCAUACUGCCGGCCGCCCCUCGCCCCGGCCGCGGGCGGCGCGGCGGGCGGGCGCGCCCGUGCCCGCCAGUCCGACCAAUUAAAGAAGGCUCCCUUUCCAUGCAUAUUAUUAGCAAUCAGUUAGCUUCUUAACUCAGUCGGAUAAUAUAAUGAAAAACCACGAGUGGAAUAAUACACUGAAAGAGCACGCGUGUUUAAUAUCUAGGAUUAUGAGCCAAAAAUCGAUGGAAUAAAAACGUCGUUUUGAGCAAGUGUGUUGAUAAAAUAUAUAUGAACCAAGCUAUUAAAUUGCCAUUUGUCGUAGUACCUAAAUCAUUUGCGACUCUGAAACUUGAUAUUUCUUUAUUUCUUAUUAAAAUAUAACGAUUUUUACAGAACAUAUGGUGCUACUUUCUCGCACUAGUGCGUAAAGAGCACUUUUCGUGCAUAUGUCGAAAGUUUAAAGGGCCAUAUGUACUGUAAAACGUUGUACGAUACACGUGCGAAUAGGCAAUUUGCAACUCGUGUCGAUUUAAAACACUCCCUGCGGUCGUGUUUUUAUUUAUCGCCACUCGUUUCGAAUUUCCUCUUUUUCGCACUUGUAUCGUAAAUAACUAUUCUGUUACACAUACGUUUAGCAAACACACAAAUGCAAUAUGUAAAGUUUCGACAAGCCUUAAAGCCGAAGGAAUAUUUUAAUGCCACAAAUAUUCGCAAGUCAACCAGUGAACCAGAUGCUUUUCGUAAGUUUACCUAAGUAUUAUGUAUAUUUCCAAGUUCAAGUCACUUACUAACUUAAUAUUUUUAUGCCUAUGACAUCAUUAUUUGUAACUUUACUUCCUAAAUAAUACUUAUUCAAUUUGCUACCUAUAGUAACUAAGGCCCUGACCAAAUAGAUGUCGGCCACAGAUUAUAUAUACGCUAGAUGACGCAAAUACCACGAUUUGUAUUGAAACCAAGCGUGCCGACUUUUUCAUACAACAUUUACGCAUAAUAUAAUUUUAAAAUUACUUAUCUGUGAUAGGAAAUAUGUUCUUGCCUUUGGGUGCUCGCAAUUAUUGGGCUGUUGCAGUUAAUUAUCAUGCAACGAUGCAUUUUUUAAGUUUUCACGGACGUCCGGCUGCAACAACCGGCGGCGUGGACUGUAAAGAGCGACGGUCAACCUCGACGCUUGGUCGGGGUUCGGACACGCGAAGUAGAUGCAUUUGGGUCUUCUAUGGUAUAUUUAUUUUUGUGAUGUCGGCACUUUUCUCCAAUAGUGAAUAUAUUGUUGGAAUAAUUCAUUCGCUAUUUGGAUUUUGGUCGCCUACUGUGCUAAAUACUACUUCACUUUAUAUUAUGUGAUUCGUAAGUUAGCGAAGCAAAGAUACAAUGGAUGAUGUAAUACGUUAGUUUGAAUUGGUAGUUGCAGUUAGUUGUAUAUUAUAAUCAUAAUUGUUGAUGUAUUAUUAUUUUUUGUUUGUAUGUAAAUUCAAUGUUGACAUGUAAAAGUGCCCUUGUGGUCUACAGUCUGGCAAAAAAGAGUAGAAAUUAAAAAGUGGCAACACUGUAGUGCCGUCCCAUUCCAAUCAAUCUAAGAAAAACGGGACGACACUAGUGUUGCCACUUUCUAAUUUCUACUCUUUUUUGCCAGAUUGUAUUUGCUAAAUAAAUGUUGAAGUUUAAAGUCAUACUCUCACUAUAAUUAGGCAGUGUUUCUCACUUUAUUUAGUUUUAAGUUUGUCUCAAAAUGUAAUUUUAGAAAUUAGUCAAAAUUGUUAUCCUUGCCUUGGCCAUGAUUGAAAUUAAUGUUUUUCGGUUUUAGUAAAAUUAUAAACUUUGUGGCCUACAUUUUAGCGAAUAUUUUUAAUAAACAGUUUUUACUAGUCACUCGAAUAAGUGUACAAAAUAAAUAAUAUUUUAUAUUGUUAAUUUUAUAUCUUUAGGACUUCAAAUAGCACAAUUAAAUCUUUAUUUUGCUUUGUUAUAUGUAUAUGUACACUCAGCGAGAAAUACUUUGUAGCAACCAUAGUCGUCAAAUAGUUCGGUACACCAUAUAUUUAGUAAAUAUGGUGUACCAAACUAUUUGGCCACUUUGAAUGCUACAGAGUAUUUGACGCUGAGUGUACCUAAAUAAUAAUAUGCCUUUCAAAGGGCUAAAUUAUUAAUUUAAUAGCAAAAAUAUUUUAAGAACUUUUUCUAAAUUCAAAACAAUUUUAGCGGUUAUCACACUGGAUGCAAUACGCGCGUCGCGAGCGGGAGGUCGAUAUAAAACGCGCAUAGCAUUGUCUCGUUCAAACAUCGGGAAAGACGUGCGAAUCGCAUCCAGUGUGAUGACCACCAUAGUUGAGACUUUUGAUCAUACUUUAUAGUUAUUAUAAAAUCGGUCUGAGGAAAAGCGAAACAUGGUGAAAUAUUUAAGCCAAUAUUAGCAUUAGCAAGUCUCAGUACAAAUACGGUUAUCAUACUAAAGUAUCUUUUCCUUAGAUGGACGGAGAAAUAUUAUGUAGAAUCGAGGACAUUCCCGGUGAACCAUCUUAAGGGCAAAAAUCGUUUAAACGUCUUGCAGGCGGUCAGGCGAUAUCAUAAGUGAUGACCAAUAGCAUGGCACUUAAAACUGUGGGUGUUGAGAAAAUGGUUAGGUAAAGUUUAUUGGCGUCCAUUGUCUUUGUGACGGCCGGCAUUUGCAAACUAACAUAAGGAAUCCAAAAUGCGUCCUAAUUGGUAAACUAUGGGGAGGCGAAGCUUAGCCUAAACAACUAAUAAACUGUCCUAUACCUGUUGUUUGUCUCAUUACCCUUUUCAUUAUUAUCAUAAAUAAUUCUAAAUGCAUCGUAAUUGGUUAUGUCUAUAAGAGGCGGAGUUUUGCUCGCUCGUGAGGUAAAAAAAUUCUGAAGUGGUUCACUGGGAAUGUUCCCGACUUUACUUCACAAAUUUAAGAAACAGCAGCGUGUAAGGUGAUUUUGGUUUAUUAUAGCCUUACAGGUCAUUCUAGUGUCGAGCUAGUCUAAGAACUUUUGCUAUUAGCCCUUUAUAAGGCAUAAGGGUGUCAUCCAAAAUUGAACCCUCUCUUUGAAAUAAAGUUCAAAAUCAGGUGGGAAAUAUAUCCCCCCGCCUUUUUUAGGACAAGUAUUUCCAGUGGGGGGACACUCCUUUCGGGCUUUCUCGGCUCCGUUCGGCUCAGCAUUGCUCCGAGCAAUUAUUAGGGUUGACACAAUGCGACGUCCCUUUGCGUGCACGUCCACAGAUAACGGCUUGAAUUUUGACAACCCUAAAUAGCAGAAAGGGAUAGUGCCAUACAUUAGAAAGGGACAGCGUGAUUCGUCCCUGAAUCGAGUCAAACUUCGGUUUUGUAGGAAGUGUCCUUUCUGUAGCAAUGUUUGAGCAAUGCUGAGCCGAACGAAGCCGAGUUUGCCCGAAAGGAGGAGUGUCUCCCCACUGCUUCAGUUGAAAUGUGUCGUUUCGCUGCUGUAUCUUUCUUGCAGGAUUUGUUUUGUUUUUGUACUUAAACUCUUUAAAUAAAUUAUUGAAAAUU